AUGGCUCACAGACUAUUGGUACAGGUGAUUUUCACCGGAGCAAGAGUCUUCGGUAGAGCGUUCACCGAAGCAUACAAGGAAGCUGCUGCUGCUACGACAGUGAAACAGGCGUCUGCAGAUGGGAAGGGCCCAGCGAAAGCUAGUGCGGCAUCUAGGGAUGGCGACAUAGCUCUCGACGAAGCUUGUAAGAUUCUGGAUGUCGACCUCAGCGGGUUAACGUUGGACAAGGCGCAGAAGAAAUACGACUACUUGUUUGACAUCAACGCGAAGGAGAAGGGGGGGUCUUUCUACCUCCAGUCCAAGGUGUAUAGGUCGAUGGAGCGGAUCAAGAACGAGAUGCAGUAUCUCGAGGAGUUCCAGAAAGCCAAGAGCAAGAAGGAAAGCACGGGACAAGGAGCUGCCGCCGGCGAAAGCAACAGCAAUAGCCAUGACAAAUCAACGUAG